AUGAGUCCAAUAUAUCUGCUUAAGGAUAUAGAUGUGAAAGUGAAUUAUCUGAAUGAACUACUGUUAAAUAUUUUUGAUUUCCAUGCUCCUAUCAGAACAGUCCGCAUAUCUAGAAAAAGGUCACCUUGGCUUACCUAUAAUUUGAAACAAAUGAUGAAACUAAGAGAUAAGGCACUAAGAAAGUAUCAUCGUACAAAGAAUCACAAUGAUUGGUUAGGCUAUAAUACACUAAAGAACAAAAUUAACCACGCGAUUAACAAAGAAAAGCAAGUAUAUUUUGAGCAACAAGUUGCAUUAAAUAAAAACCGCAUGUGGAAAGAACUCGGAAAAUUGAAUAUAGUUAAUAAAAAACAGAAUUCACUACCUCAACACCUAGGAACUGCAAACCAAAUCAACAACUUCUUCAUGCAAUCCAUCUCGGGUGAUAAUAAUGAACCUGAUCAGUACACUCUUCGAUUCUUCUCCGAUACGCAACUCCCUCAUGAAGCAUUUGAGUUUUCGUACACUAAUGACAAUGAAGUAUAUCAAAAAUUGCUUUCAGUGAAAUCAACAGCCGUUGGUGCCGACGGGGCUUCAGUUAAUGUAGGUUGGGCGUUAGUAGAUACGGGGUAUGUUGAGGUUUGUCGUUUAGGCCGAGUUUCUCCUGAUACAGAGUUGUCUUGUAUGGUUGCAGUCAUGUUUAAGCUCAAUGUGUUACUUUUGUUAUGUACAUUAAAUGAGUCUAAUUCCCUUCUUGUUUCGGUGUCUUCAUUUCUGGAUUGUGAUUUAGGACAUUUUUCCAACGUAGAGGUAUGUCCCGUUUGCUUGCAAAGAGUACAGCUUGGUCCGUCUCCGGAGAAAAAUAUACUGUAUGUCGUUUCAUCAAACGCAAUAGUGGUAGACUACGAUUUCGCUAACAGGUGGUGCAAUAUACACUUGUCGCUGGAAACUGAGAAUGUGAUUGUAUUCAUUUUCCGGCAUUCCAACUCGGAGUUGAUAACGCCGGAGCUGAAACGUCGUUUCGGCAACCCACGUAUUCCUCGAGAAAUACGCAUGAACAUAGAGCGCAUCCUCCAGACAAAAGAAGACAUUGAAGUUGGUGAAGAGGAGAAGUUAGCCAGUAGUGUACAGGAAUCGUCAGAAAAUAUGUACGUAAAAUGCAAUAUAGGAUAUAAAUAA